AGUGAAGGAAAAGCUGUGCGACUUCCAACUUGGCAAGAUUGUGAUCUUUAAUAAGUUAUUUGACCUGGUAAAAUAGACGUUGGGUGGUCGUCUUUGGCAGCAUUGCUCGUGUUGUCUCUUCGUGAGGAAACCUGCAUGGCCUUGCGCCUAGCAGCAUCCAGAGCAUUGGGCAUAAUGAAGGGCAUGGCGCCGGGAAGACGGGGGCUGGCGGUCGUACUGGAAAGAGAAGCGGCGAAGCAAGCUUCUAAGCCUGCGGCUGAGCACAACCUAGAUUCCAUCAGUGGACUUCGAUUAGGCGGCCCCCAGGACCUGACUGAGAGGACGUUUGCCCAAAACCUGCGGCGCCACUACUUUCAUGGCGCAGCAUCCGAGGCGCCAAACGAAGAUGCGCGAGGGGACGCGUCAGGAGCUGCUUUGAAAGCGGACGGGGAAGAAGAGGAGCUCCCGGGCCCUUCAGGAUCGGGGGGAGGAUCGAAAGCGGCGGUAGAGACGGGCAGCAGCCGGCCAGCCACGCAUGACAUGGCCAUGCUGUUUACGUGCAAUGUGUGUCAAACCCGGAGCUUCAAAACGAUGAGCAAAGCUUCGUACACCAAAGGCGUCGUUCUGGUGCGGUGCCCAGGCUGUCAGAACCUGCAUCUCAUGGCAGACAACCUGGGAUGGUUCGGAAAGCCGGGGAGCGUAGAGACGUUCUUAGCGGAGCGCGGGGACCACGUUCGGAAAGGCGCGGAAGGCGAUUACGAGUUCACAGCGGAAGAUUUGGAAGGUUGGAGUAAAAAAGCAGUGGAAAGUGGUAGCAAGGACGGGACUUAAUUCGCUCGAGGCAUUUGCCAUGGCAUGUGCCUGCAUUCGACAUGGUCACUGGUUGAGUGAGCCCGAUAGACAAUCCGUUGUUGUCGAAGGGUCGCCGGUGUUUUGAUCUACGAUCUGUCGUUCUCUUUUGCAAUUCAGCUUGCCAUUCUGG